UUUCAUCCAAUAAUAUGUCGGCGAUGGCGGCGAAUCGCGACCAGAAGUCGAAAGUUAUUGCAGUGCGAUAGUCGCUUUUACUUGUAUUAAUUUAUUUGUUGUUUUAUUUAAGAGUGAACCACCUUAGAAAAUGUCUGCCGCGACCAAAGGUAUCUAUAUUGUGGCUGCCAAGCGUACGGCCUUUGGAACCUUCGGUGGAUCCUUGAAGGGCAUCAACCAGACCCAGUUGCAGACCACGGCGGCCAAGGCUGCUCUGGAUGCUGCCGGUCUUAAGGGUGAGCAGGUGGACACCGUCAUCGUGGGAAAUGUGAUCGCGUCCUCCUCCACGGAUGGUAUUUAUGUGCCCCGUCAUGUGGGUCUCAACUGCGGUGUGCCCAUCGAGAAGCCCGCCCUUGGAAUCAACCGGCUUUGCGGUUCCGGCUUCCAGUCGAUCGUCAACGGAGCCCAGGACAUCCUGGUCGGUGGUGCCAAGAUAGCCCUUACCGGCGGCGUGGAGAACAUGUCACAGAGCCCUUUUAUUGCCCGUAAUGUCAGAUUCGGAACCACCUUAGGUGUCAACUACAAUCUGGAGGAUGCUCUGUGGGCUGGCCUCACCGAUACCUACUGCAAGCUGCCCAUGGCUCUGACCGCUGAGAACCUGGCCGAUCAGUACAAGAUCAGUAGGGAGCGUGUGGAUGAAUUCUCUCUGCUCUCGCAGAAGAACUGGGAGAAGGGCCAGAAGGAGGGAGCAUUCAAUGCCGAGAUCACACCCAUCAAACUUAAGGUCAAGGGAAAGGAAGUGGACUUUGUGGUGGACGAGCACCCACGUCCCAAGACCACCAUCGAGGGUCUGAACAAGUUGCCUUCGCUGUUUAAGAAGAACGGCGUUGUGACUGCCGGAACUGCAUCCGGAAUCUGUGAUGGUGCCUCCGCAGUGAUCGUGGCCUCGGAGGAGGCGCUUAAGGAGUACAACCUGAAGCCCCUGGCCCGUCUAGUGGCCUUCUCCUUUGUCGGAGUCAAGCCUGAGAUCAUGGGCAUUGGCCCAGUACCCGCCAUUCAGAACGUCCUGAAGGUUUCCGGCAAGAAACUGGAGGAUAUUGAUCUGAUUGAGAUCAACGAAGCCUUUGCUGCCCAGACAUUGGCCUGUGCCGAUGCCCUGAAGUUGGAUCCCUCCAAACUGAAUGUGAACGGAGGCGCCAUUGCCUUGGGCCAUCCUCUGGGUGCCAGUGGCUCUCGCAUCACUGGUCAUCUGGUUCAUGAGUUGCAGCGCAAGAAGCUGAAGUACGGCAUUGGAUCUGCGUGCAUUGGUGGUGGUCAGGGCAUCGCCCUUCUCCUCGAGGCUGUCUAAUCCUACAGCUCACUGUAAUAGGUGCCCUGCAUUUACACUUAAAUUAGUGCUGAAAAUUCCGUUUUAAAAGUACCCGAUAGCAAUAAAGAAAUUAUUUUAACUUUA